AUGUUAGCGGUAGACGUGGAUUAUCGCACUACAAGUGCAUCAAUAAGAGAAUUAGCUUACGGAGGAGCGUAUAACAUGUUUGACGAGUGUAUUCACUUCGCCGACACGACUGGCCGCGAGUGUCUGAAGUAUUUUAAUAAGGGCAUCAUCGAGAGUUUUGGUCCUAUACAUCUUCGAAAGCCGACCCCUAGCGACUGCCAUGACUUACUUGAUCUGCACGGGAGGGUGCACGGCUUUCCUGGAAUGCUGGGCAGCACAUUGGGAUUAGAAGAACUGUCCGACUACUUCGAAAGGCCAAUUAACGACUGGGUCAAAGGCAAGCACCCGACGAUCAUCCUCAAAAACAGGAUUGAGUCGACCAUCAACUUUGAGGGCAACGACAACCAGCAUAGUAAGGUCUACUAUUUGGCUAAUGGGAUAUACUCGAGGUGUCCCGCAUUUAUGAAGAUGAUCAAAUGCCCAACGGGUCUGAAGAGAGCUUACUUUGCGCAACGUCAAAAGGAUGUGCAGUUGCGCAAAAGGCUAUGCAAAACGAUGUGGAACAACCAUUGUGCUCCAAGCACGAUGGGCAGUGGUCAAGGGCUCGACGCGUUUGUUCUACAUAGAGGCGGUCGUUGA